AUGGUUCGAAAUAUAUUAGAACAAAUUUCGAAUGUUGAAGAUGCUUCUACAUCAGGAGGACAAAGAAAUUCAGAUUGGUAUAUUUCCAUUAGUCCAGACGGAAAAUAUAUUCUAAUAUUUAAUCAUGCAAUUCAAAAAUUUAAAAUUAUAGAAUUUGAUAAUUAUGAAGAAAUUGAUGAUGCAAUAUUAUAUGAUAUCGAGGAAAAUCUUUUUAAAGAAUAUAAAUCUCAAAAAGAACCUAUGACAUCUCAUUAUAAACAACAAAACAAAAAAUCAUUUCCCAAAUGGAUGCUAGCUAUAUCAAAUCAAGUUGAAUAUAUGAAUCAAAAAGUUAUCUUCGUAGCAAUUUCUUGUGUAACAGAAUUAGAUAUGUUAGUUAAAGCAGAACCAAUCGAGUUAAAUAAUUCAUUGGAACCUAUUGCAAUUCAAGUUGAUGCUAGUAUUAAAAAUUUAUCAGAAAUUAAAAAAGACAAAAAUCUGUUAAAUGGAAAAACCGUUAUUUAUAAAAUGAUUUUAAGUUCAUCUGAACAAGAUAAAGAAAAGGUAUUAAUAAAUGUUAAUAAUGGGAAAAUCAAUAAAUAUAAGGAACAAAACAUCGGUGGAGUUGUUUCGUUUGUUCAUGAUAAAUCCUCUUCUGAUAAAUUUACAAAGAUAGAUUGUUUUAUUUUUAAUGCUAAUGGAAUACAUCGACUUAGGUUUUGUGACAAUCAUUUAGAUAACUUGGAACACUUUGAUUAUCCAAGAAGAUUUAUAAUUGAACUAAAUACUUUAUAUAAGAAUAUACCUUGCAUAUCAAGAAUUAAAAAUUCUGUUUUUGGUCAUUAUUUUCAUAUUGAACAAUACAGAGAAGGAAUUCAAGUUAUGCAACUUUAUGAUUUACGAUCCAUGCAAAUAAGGCAAGUUUUUAAUAUAUAUGAAGAAAAAAAAUAUGUAAACCAGUAUAGCAAACCUAUAUUAGCUAUUUCAAAAAAUAAACAAAUUAUCGCCUUUUCUUCUGGAUAUGGAAAAAUAGCUCUAUUUCUUAUAGAAAAUGGUUUAGAGAUUAUUAGUAAAAGUUUUGAAAAGAACACAAAAAUAAUUGCCUGUGAAUUUGAAAAUAAUGAUAAAUUAAUGAUAAUCAUUAAAAAGUCUAAAAGCGAAUAUGAAGAGAUGUUACUUUGGCAUUUAUACAAUUCUUCAAAGAAUAGAUUUCAAUCUUUCUGCACUAAUAUUAAAUCAGAAAGCGAUGAAGAAUGUAAUUCUUAUAAUGUAAGAAUUCCUGGUAAAUUUGUAACUGUAAGAUCUAAUGGUUCUAUAUUAUCAAUAUAUGAUAGUAUACUUAAAGUAUAUAAAACAAAAGAAAACCAAUCUAUACUAGAAUUAAAUCCUUAUAGUAUUGUAAUUUCUACUGAUAAAAGCAAAGAGGGAACACCAAAUAAAAUGAACGAAUUGAAGUAUGAAAAUAUUCACAGUGUUUUUCAUCAGGAUUUUUCAAAAAAAGAAGCAAAACCUCUUAUAUAUAAUAAAGAACCAUGGAUAAAUGAUAAUUUUGAGAAAAAGUGGAUAUACCUCGACCAAAAAGAAUCAAUACAAUUAUAUAUUGGAAAAAGUACCAUUCAAGUAUGGCGUAAAAUUAUGAAGAAAAGGCACAAAUUUAUUCUUGAAUAUUUUUGGGCUAAUAAUGAUUAUGAAAAUAAUUAUACAUUGCAAGUAUUAGAAUUAAUUGUUUAUAAUCGUGGGUUUUGUCUUAAAAUUAAGUGGAAGGAUGAUCAACAUACACAAAUUCAAUGGCCAUAUGAUAAUAACCAUGUAAUUCCUGUAAAGCAUGCUUGUGAUGCUCUUGAAUAUUUAUAUUAUCAAAGAAACAAAUUAGUUGGUUAUGACAAUCAGCAUGUAUUUGAAGAAAUCAAAUUUAAUAUUUCUGUUAUCAUCUGGAAAUUUAUAAAAUAUUAUCCAGAUGUUUGGAAAUUAAUUGAUAUUCGUUAUAAUCUUAUGACAAGAAUUAUAAUUAGUGGUUCAUAUACCCUUGUUAAAUACAUAUUAUUUGGUGACGAAAAAGUAAAAAACAAAUAUUUGCAUAUACCAAGAAUAAAUCGCUUUAUUGUUACUGAAGAAUCAAGUUCUGAAAUAAAUAAUUUCAAUUCAAAGGAAAAUAUUGAUAUAAGCAAAUUAAGUGAUUUGCAAAUAGCUAUUAGAUUAUGUAAACCAGAUUUAGAGCGUAGCCGAAGAAUUUUAAUUGUGACAUAUCUACUUGAAUAUUAUGCAAUAAACGCAACUGACCAUCCCGGAUGGUUAAUUACCAUUUCAAAUGCAUUACCAGAUUUAUAUGUUCAUAAAUUAGAACAUUUAGUAAGCGAAUUAUUUUAUAAAAGAUGCAUGGAAGGUAUAGAAAUAUCUAAAAUUUUAGAAUAUACUGAUUUUAUACCUAAAAGAUAUCAAAUUACUUUAAAUACAAAGCAAAAUUUUUUUGCAUUUGAUCCAAUUUCGGAUCUCAUUUCAACAAGCAAAAAGAAAAUUAAUCUAAAAGUUUUAGGAGAUAAUUUGAGAAUAGGAUUGAAAAAACUUUAUGUAAAAAUUUUUCCAAAUAAUUAUGAAUAUUAUUCUCCGACUGUUAAAAUAGUUCCUUUAUACAAAUUCACUAUAUUAUAUCUUCGAUUAUUACCAGAACCUGCAAAAUAUAUUUAUAUUAUGAUGAAUAUUAUCAAAGAAACUUGGAUAUUUUUAUUAUUUAUGAUUCUUGUAAUUGCUGGAUUAGCACAUAGUUUUUUACUUUUAUUGCAACAUCCAGAGUUUACAAACCUUUCUGAAAUGACAUCUUCUUUUACAUUAAUGACAGAAGGUUCUGUUAGGUGGAAUAUUCAAAAAGAUUUUGAUCGAACUAAAGAUAAUCCAGCGAAGAAUUAUAUUACUUCAUUCAUCUCAACAUACAAUUGGUUAAAUGGUGCGUUUUUGCAACAAGAUAUAUGGGACUUUUGGGCUGUAAAAUUUAUUACCUUCUUUGGUUGUAUUCUUUUGAUUACUAUUCUACAAAAUAUGCUUAUUGCUUUUAUGGGGGGAGUAUAUUCUGAAGCAUAUAAAAAAGGUCGUGUUGGAUUAUUAAGAUUUCGUGCAGAAUCAAUUUCAGACUAUGAAGCGUUAGAAGAAAUAUAUUUCUAUCCUAAAUCACCGGAACCAAAAUAUAUUUAUUAUUUAGGUGAAUCCAAAAGUUAUAAAGAAUGGGAUUCAAAUGUUAAAAAACGAGAAACUGAGCAAGUUAAAUUAUAUAAUGCUUAUGAGGAAAAAAUGAUUGAAGAUCAAUUACCCAGUAUGGAAAAGGAUGAUGAUAACGAGUCUUGGUGGGAUUAUAUUAAAAUACUUGAGAACAAAGUGGAUGAGAUUAAUAUCAAGAUGGAUAAAUUGUUACGUGCUAUAACUUUAUGA